CGAACUCGAGCAGGGGAGAUUAGCAGAGCGCCUCGCUAAGGAGAGGUGCACACGAACACGUCGUCCUCACUUUUGGUUAUAUAUCUUUCUUUAGUUGAUGACUGGGUCUGGGUUUCUGACGUGGACUCUCUUUUGCACAAAUGUCAGCAGCAUCCUGGUUUAACUGAAAGGUGACCAUCCUGUCAAAGUACUACUAGCCGGUUCUAUUUUUGUGGAGGAGAAGGGUCAAAAGGCAAACCUCGAAGAAGUUCGCUCUCGAACGCCGCACUUUCUCUAGGACCCUUUUUUUUUUUUUUUGGCCAUGUUGUCGGCAGAAGCUGCUAGGCAGUUUUUCCAAGAAUGCAUCUUUGGCAGAGGGUCUGUUGCUUGCAGUAGGAGAGAGUCCUUUUCAAAUCAAUGUGGGCCUUUGUUGCCUCGUACAGGAAGUUGUGCAACGGUUCAGUUGAAGAAUUUCAGCACCACUAGAAGCUUGCUGAGGUCAAAGAUCGGUCUGAAUUAUCAUGGAUUAGAGUUUAGAGAAGCGAUCAUCAGGCAUAGGCAAUGUAAGUCCAGCUGGACUCGAUGUCCUUUUCAAAGGGAAAGGCAAGAAUCCACACUCAGGGGAAAUGAGAGGAAGAAGGAAAGAUCGUUUUUAAUUCAUGAGAAUGAUCGAAACAGAAGGGCUGCAAAGUGGAACUGUAGCACUGGUGAUGCUGCGGGAGGAAGAGGAGGGGGAGGACGAGGAGGAGGAGGAGGAGGAGGAGGAGGGAAAAGAGGUGUGGACAGACCACUGCAAGAGAGUGGAAGAGGGGCAGGAAAGAGUAAACAGAAUGAGGGAAGGAAAGGGGCACCAAAGCAGGGAGUGCAAAGAUCGGGGGAGAAGUGGAAGAAAGGCAGGGAGGAGCAAGGGGCUGUUUUGUCAAAUGCAGAAGAUGGGAUCAUGAGGAACAUAUCGCCACGACGUCUCCCUAGCGAAGAUGAGGUCCUACAAGCUCUUUACAGCGAUAAUUCUGCGGACUCUGUUGUGGACAGCAUCAUUAGAGCUUUAGAUCAUGGAGAGGUUGCAGGCUUUGAUGGUAAUGCGCCCUCCCCAUCAACUGCCGGAGAGGAGAUCGAAGGAGGUGGUGAUGUUAGGAGUGAGCGAGGAGGAGAGGAAAAGCGAAAAGGCGGCAGAAGUUUCACCUCCACCUCCUCUACAGAAGAGAAUAAGGCUGGGCAGAAGAGAAAGGGUGUAAGAGGUUUCAAGGAUGUAGAGAUCGAAGACUUAUGGGAUCAGAGAGUGGAAAAGUAUGGGCGUAAUUUCUGGGCUGGGGAGGUGAUUGGGAAGGCUAAACCAGGGGAUUUUGGUAGUCAAACUACUUUUCUGUUCACUCCUACGACCGAAGAACAGGACGUCGAGAGUGAUAUCAGAUUCAGGGUAUACCAGUACACCGAAGAAGUGUCAAAGAUGGAUGAGGACAAGCCGAUCCAAUUUUUCUUUGUGUUUGUGCGCCGACCUUCUGAGACGCCGCGGCCCCGGUUCUUUAAGCCGUGGGAUGUGUGGCGUCUCGUCGGUCAGAUCGCAGUGCAGGCUUCCCCAGAGGAGGUGGACAAAUGGGAGCUUCAUCGGUGCCUGUCAACCAAACACAAAGAGGAUAUCCUUCAGAGCGCCGGUUGGCAUGCGGAAGACAUAGUUUUUGUGCGAAACCCUGUACUGGAUGUUCGAUUUGAACCGCAAAGGCCAUUCUUUGAACGUAUGGAGGCCCUGCUGGACCCUGCUGUGGAGGAUGCUGCCCCACAACAGAGCCUUUAUGGUCGAAUCUGUGAGCACCUAGGUUUAGACAGGCACACGGGCAGUAGACUGCAACUCGAGGCUGCUUAUCGCAAGUCGGAUGCUGUGACAAAGCAGAGAAUAUGGGUCGAUGUGUUCAAUUCCCUACCGGAGCCAUUGUUAGGCCCAUGGACUCCACCUCCUUUUGCGGGGAUGCGAGAUCCAGAUGACCCACCGGUAACGAAGAAGGAGAGGGAGAGGUGGAAGGAAGAAGGGGGUUCGGAGCCCUCUUCUUCGCGCACGGUGAUUGCCGCCGUCCGACCGUUUAGUUUGGCAAAUUUGUUCUGGGAGAUUGUCUCGCUGAGACAUAUCCAGAGAUUUGGACUUGAGAAAGCUCUUCAGCCGACGUAUUCUCCACCCCAGGAGUCAUAAUUAGGGACAAAGAAAUAUGCUGGAAGGCUACCGUCUUCACCCGAAUAGAACGGCCGGUAUUUAUCGCCAUAUCUGGGCUGAAAGCUGUGCCAAAUACAGCUAUAAUGACCGGGCGUUCUAUUCGGGUGAAGACGGUAGUACGGUUUUGUUUCUUAACUCUUUUCCAUUUCUCGUGUACAGUGUCUAAGGGCCUUACACCAGUACUCUCCACGUGCACAAAAGACAAACUAUGGCGGUGUAUCUUUUUCCAUGUUUUAACGGAAUAUUCAGUCUCAUGUUGCUCAUCGGGAGAGUAGUGGAGCGAGGCCUAAGUAUUCCCAUAUGCCAAUUACGUCUCUUGCUGAACCGUCUGAUGUCUGCUUGAUUGUUCGUUUCUGCCUCAUUGGGCGACUGCAACUAUAAUUCUUCAUACUAGUGGUUUGGGGCAUGCUUCCCUGUACUGUGUUUUUGGGUCAUUAUUUGGUGGAAAUCAGACGAUGUCAAUGAGCCGGCAAGAAUCGACGUCAGAUAUCAUCCGCUGGAUUGCAAAUCCUAAGCAUAGACAUAGCUCAGUGGGGUCUACUGCCCCUUAGCACAGCACUC